CCCUACAGUCGCGACCACGGAGCAAAAUAUAAUGUGCAUAUUUUUCGUCCACAUUGGUCGGGUAGACCCGGUGAAUGCAUUCACUUUAAAGAGGAGAGCUUCUCUACUAUCACAUACCUCGUGCCUUAUCCAUCAUAACUUUAUUUGAAUACAAAAAUGCCUAAACGGAACUAUCUGAACGCCUACUCGGGUCCCGAUGCAAUUCGGAACUAUUUUGACCCUGAUUGUCAGCCAAUGCUUCCACUUGUAGAACUACCACCCAGCCUAAACCCAUUUUACAAUGACGGUGUUCGCAUACACGCCAAAAUGAUGUCCAUGCAUCCUGCAAACAACGUCAAGGUCAUGCCGGCAUUAAACAUGUUGGAGAAAGGAGUGCAGCCAGAAAAGUCAAAGACCGUCGUCGAGUACUCGAGCGGAUCGACCGUUAUCUCACUUGCAUUACUUUCACGGAUCAAUCACGGAAUUAAAGACACACGUGCUUUCUUGAGCAACAAGACCAGUGGUCCUAAACUGCGGCUCAUGCAGUUCUUUGGGCUAGACAUAACACUUUUCGGAGGCCCGUCUCAACCCGAUCCUACAGAUUGCCGCGGAGGUAUACAACGAGCCAAGAAGAUGGCUGAAGAGGAUGAAUCAGUCUUGAACUUGAAUCAAUAUGAAAACGACGCAAAUUGGCAAUCUCACGUUAGAUGGACCGGCCCUCAGAUCCUCGAGCAGUUGCCUAAUAUUCGACUGAUAUGUACUGGUAUGGGUACAUCGGGUACUAUGACGGGCUUAGGACAAUACUUCAAGGCUCAGGAUCCGUCAGUGUUUCGCUUGGGUGUGUGUACAGCCCCUGGCGACCGAGUUCCCGGUCCCCGUUCUUUUGCGCUACUGGCUCCCGUCGAGUUUCCUUGGCGCGAUUCUGUAGAUGCUAUCGAGGAGGUCGGCUCAAAGGACGCAUUUGGCCUCAGCCUGCAGCUUUGUCGUGAAGGCCUUAUCUGUGGACCAUCGUCCGGCUUCAACCUGAAAGGACUCUUCAACUAUUUGGGCAAGCGAAAAGCGGCUGGUACCCUGAAAGAACUUGCUGGCUCUAACGGACUCAUCGAGUGUGCCUUCAUUUGCUGUGAUCUCCCUAUCCAGUACGUGGAUGAGUAUUUCGACAAGCUUGGUGCCGAAGCUUUCCCACCUAUUCACAAUGAAAAUCUCACAGCAGUCGACCUUUACCGUUACGAUGAUGCUUGGGAACUAGAGCCCACUCAAUUACUCUCGCAAUUCACCAGCAUAGCGCAAGGCGACAACAACCAGACGGUCAUACUUGACCUACGAAAACCAGAAGACUUUGCCAGAACUCAUAUACCACGCUCAUGCAACUUGCCACUGCAGAGCUGCAAUGCCUCUAUGCCCAAGGCUACGUUCACCUCCGAUCGUAUCAGUGCUUAUGAUCUUGCUGGCAGGCAGGUAUAUGUGGUAUGCUAUGAUGGAGACACAUCGAGAGUUGCUACCAGUAUACUUCGGGCCAGAGGAAUUACAGCGAACAGCGUGAAAGGUGGAAUCGCUGCAGUACGAAGAGACAUGCCACAACUACAACUUACUGAGCGCGGUAGAGAGCUAACGCAGCAGAAUCGAUCGAAUUUAUCCAAGGCUGCUACGAAGGAGAUGAGAGCAGACUCGCUAUCGCCUCAAGCUCGGGGGCAGACGGACAUUGUGCAGUGAACUUUUAGCAUAUUAGUUAUUAGCGUUACGAUUAUCAAAAGCCCCUGAUUAGAUUUGGAUUUAUGGAUCAAAUCUAGGAACAUGAGAUCAUGAGAACUACUCUCUCCCAC